AUGGCUGACAAAACAGUUCUCUUGCUGGAUGAAGCGACGUCGGCUUUGGAUAGUCAAAGUGAAAAAGUAGUUCAGGAGGCCUUAGACAAAGCGAGCUUUGGACGCACGUGCAUCGUAAUAGCUCACCGAUUAUCAACAGUUCAAGAUGCUGACGUCAUUGUCGUUAUCAACCGUGGAAGAGAUAUGGAAAUCGGGACACAUUCGGAAUUGAUGUCGAAAAAGGGAUUGUACAGGCAUCUCUACAACCUACAGGGAAAAUGA